AUGUUAUUUAACGUUCAUACUAGACAAGAGUGCGAACUGAAAGAUGGACGGACCAGUGUUGUACAUUUGGAGCGAUUACUGACAAGAUAUUUCGAGGUCGCAGCCGACCAGCCCAACGUGAGCUACUUCCAGCCGCGCUCCGUUCCAGUCGCGCAGGGGCGUCGGGAGCACAAUAGAGAUAGCAGAGCUCAUCUAACACCGGCCGGUGUAUACGUGCACGCAUGCAAAUGUACAGUUAGGCUGUGGCGGCGCUUGGGAAUCAAAUCGAUACGGUAUCGGCUCGGCUCCGGGCUGUUUUCCAGGGCGGGCCGGCGUAUCCGAGGCGGCCCGGGCAUGGACUCCCAGCAGCAGCAGUACUGUUUGAAAUGGAACAGCUUCGGUUCGAACCUGGCCACAUCGUUUGCGAACCUCUGGAAUUCGGAGAGUCUCGCGGACGUCACGCUUUACUGCGAAGGCCGCCAGUUCAAAGCGCAUAAGGUUAUACUGGCCGCAUGCAGUAAACAUUUCCAGGAGCUAUUCGACACCGCGCCGCCUAGCCAUGCCGGCGCUUGUUAUGUCAUCCUGGAGGCGACAACUGCAGAGAACAUGCAGGCCCUCCUUGAGUUCAUGUACAAAGGGGAAGUGCACGUCAGCCAGGAUGCACUCUCCAGUUUUCUCAAGAGCGGAGAGAACUUGCAGGUCAAGGGCCUGUCCAUGGAGAUGUCCCAGGACGCCUGGGUGAAGCAGCAGACGCAGCAGUCGGCCGGCGAGCGGCACCAGGCGCGCAUAAAGACGAGCCCCGUGUCCGGCUCGGGGAACUGCGAGGCGCAGGAGUCCACGCAGUCGCACACCGCGACGUUUGCGCCGAUUAUGCCGCAGUACGGCGUGCCGAUACACGGCAGCAGCGGCGCCAUGGGCCGGUACGCCCCGCCCGCCCAUAUGCCGAUGCACCAGCCCUCGCACCGUCGGCCCGCCGCCCCGAAACAGACGACGCCCGCGCAAAGCCCACACGCUAGGAACUACAGGCAGAGCUCUUCCUCAUCGCACUGCGGCAGUGUGGCUGACGAGCCGGACACUCGCUCCUCACCAGGGGCGGGCGCUCGGUAUGAGGAAGCCCCCGCCGAAUGCACCUCCACACUCGCCAACCCCAUCAAGAACAACGGAUACGAGCGAAGCGCCAGCGCCAACGAGGAGAUGAUGGAUCGCCUGUCCACUGAACAGGGAGCUGAAGAUUUACGGAUAAAGAGUGAGAACGACUACCAGAGCGGCUACAAUAAUUCGCCACCGCCAACGCUACCGAUACCGACGACAAAUUUCCACGAGAAACCACUGGAGACAUCGCCCGUGCCACCGAAACCCAGCCCCGACAUCUGGCCCGCUAAGAUAAUAACAAGUAAAUCUGGAGGAAUUGCUACUGCUGAUGGUAAAAAGUUGAAGUGCCCGUACUGCGAGCGGCUCUAUGGCUACGAGACGAACCUGCGCGCCCACAUCAGGCAGCGGCACCAGGGCAUAAGGGUGCCCUGCCCGCACUGCACGCGCACCUUCACCCGCAACAAUACCGUGCGCCGCCAUAUUGCGCGCGAGCACCGCCACGCGGUCACCCAACUCCACCAACAGGGCCCACUCCCAAAUCACACGCAGCUCGCGGGACCGAAGAGGAACGGAGUGUCCGUACCGUGGGAGCAAACGAAUUUAGUUUCAACCACCAUGAUUAAGACCGAGGCGGCCAAUUACGUGCCAUGUGAUAGUUCAUCAUCGUUGCAAUGGAUCGACACGAACCUCGGGAACGAGUUGUCAGUCAUCAGCUACGAGGAGGUGCACACAGAGGAGGACUUGGACAACAAAACACCGUUCCAAUUUCAGCUGCAGUACAUCAAAGUAGAGAACGAG